CAUGCGCGGCUUCUCCGCGGAGGAGCAGAAGGGCUGGGCGGGGGGCAUCAGCCGCCUCCUCCGCCGCUACCGCUUCCUGCUGGACGCCCCCCUGCUGGAGUUCUUCACGGAUGAGCUAUGGGGCGGGCUGCCCCUCUCCUGGCAGGGGGCUCUGGCCGAUCUCUCCUCCCCACAGCUGGCAGCGCUCCUGCUGGAGAAAAGCACCCCAGGCCGGCAAGUCAGCUAUCCCUCUGUGUGGCCACUCUCCCUCCUGGCCUUCAAAGCCACUGCCCAUGCCUUGGCAUUUCCCCGAGGACCCAGGGGCGAGGUGGGGAAACUGGUUGAUGGGAAGCCAGAAGAAUUCAGGGGAAACCAGUGGCACAGCUCAAAACUGCACCCCCUUUUCCGGAAGCACGUGAAGCCAAAAAAGCAACAUGAAAUCCAACAGCUGGCCGAGCUGGUGAAGAAACUCAGUGACCUCACAGGGUGCCGCUGCGUGGUGGAUGUCGGCUCUGGCCAGGGCCACCUUUCCCGCUUCCUGGCAUUUGGCCUCCACUUGGCCGUCACUGCAGUGGAGGAAGACCCACACCUGGUGGGCCGGGCAAUCAUGUUUGACCAAGAGCUGCUCCAGGCCCUGAAGAAAGAGCAAGCCAGAGGGACACAGACGGCAGGCGACCUCUCUCUCCGUGGGCCGAGCCAUGUGGUGGGCCGGGUUGACCCCCAGGCCCCAUGGCAGGAAUUCUUGCGCUUGUUGCAGCGAAGGAGGGGCAAGGAAGGUUCCCCCGCGGCGGACAGCCUCUUUCAAGUUGAUGGAACCCCAAAGACGAGGCCCAGUUUCCGGGGGGGAACUGCAGAGAAGGGCUGCCAAAAUGCCAACAGCCUGGUGAGCGACCGGGAAAGCUGCCAACAGGCUAGGGAAGCCUCAGCGUCCGAGCCACAAGGACCCUGGGGGGGAGGGGGCCUCCGGCUGCUCUCCUUGCACAGCCCCCCUCCCCUGGAAACGCCUGUGCUGCUGACGGGCCUCCAUGCCUGCGGGGAUCUCAGCGUGGCCCUCCUGCGGCACUUUGCCCUCUGCCCUCAGGUGGUGGGCAUCACCUCGGUGGCUUGCUGCCACAUGAAGCUGAGUGUGCGGGCGGCAGGCACAUCCACCGGCCCCGGGGGCCACGGCUACCCGCUCAGCACGUGGGUGUCCAGCCUCCCGGGCCACCAGCUCUCCUACAAGGCCCGCGAAGGGGCUUGCCACGCCAUCGAGGGCUACGCGCUGAGGCUCGCAGCUGAGAGCGCCACCUUGAGGACUCACUGCUUCCGGGCAAUGCUGGAGACGGUGAUAAGGGCCGCUGACCCCACCAAGAAGCGGCUCGGGGUGCAGACCAUCAAGAAGGCCCACAGGCUGACCUUUGAAGAGUACAUCCGGCUCGGGCUGCAGCGAGUGGGGCUGGACCCAAACGUGGCCCUGGACCACGUGGCCUUGGAGUCCAUGCUGGGCCAGCAGCAGAGGGUGGUGGCCUUCUUCUCUCUGGCCCUGCUGCUGGCCCCCGUGGUGGAGACCCUCAUCCUGCUGGACCGCAUGAUCUACCUGCAGGAGCAAGGCUUCCAGUGCGAGUUGAUCCCGCUGUUCAACCCCACCUUCUCCCCCCGAAAUCUUGUGCUGGUGGCAGCAAAGACAGAAGGGCUGAGCUCUGCUUUUGCUGGUUGGGGGGCAGAGAACAAGAACGUGGAGAGAGAGGGCAGGAAUGCCAGCCCAGAAGCAGGCCGGAGAGCAGGUUCUGGCUGGAGCACCUGACGGGAAGCGACCGGAGAAGCCCAGCUUCGAGCACAGACUCUCCACCGCAGACCCGCCUGAGCCAAGAGGAAAGGGGAGGGGGGGGGGGUCCGUGCUUCAAUAAAUAAUGCCUUCACAA